AUGGCUCUGGAUGAUGCGGCAAUGCACCGUGCAGGUCUUGCAUUUCUUUAUAGGAUCAUUCCAAUUUUAGUCGCCACCCUUUUAUACGGCAUUUAUAUUUCACUGCUAAUAACUGCAACUCGAGGAUUAUGGCAGCGAGGAUUAAAGAACCAUGCCAAUAUCAUCAUCCUGCUUGUUCUAUAUGUGCUGUUUUUCAUCACAAGCACAUUGUGGUCUUUGGAGGUGGCUCAGCUCAUGGGACUGGUCGAGCUACUCCUAGAUCCCAAAGAUCUAUCUACCGACGGGCAGUUCAAUGUCUUCUAUGCACUUAUAGCACGUGAGACGAAGCUUACUAGUGUGCUUUUUGAAUCUCAAAUGAUUGUUGGUGAUGUACUGGUGAUUUGGCGCCUUUCAGCUAUAUGGUUCAACAAUCGAAUAAUGGUUUUGAUGCCUUUGUUUUGGUGGGGAUUAAUGAUCAUCAACAUGAUUAUCGAGGCCUCACACUGUAACUCGGGCGUAUCCAGUACGAACUACACUGAACUAUGCAAAGUAACCCAGGUGUUAGCGCCUGUGUUAUCAGUUGUAACAAAUGUUUCAGUGAUGAUGCUCACUUUAUGGAAGGCAUGGGUACUUCGAAGCGAGUUCAAGCAUAUCCUCCGCAACCGACGAAACAAUAAAUUGUUCAGUAUCUUCGUGCUCCUCAUCGAAUCUGGGACUCUGUAUGUCAUAAUGCUGGUGACAGACCUACUGAUCACAUCCUAUGUCGUUGGAGGAAACGAAUCUGUAGCGCGCAUGAUCAGUUGCAUCUCGGGAUAUUCUACAGUCCAGUUUGUUGCCAUUUAUCCUACGCUCAUGCUCAAUGUCCUCCGAGAAUCUAUCUGGAACUCGCCCAACGACAACCUUGAAGUAUUAUCAGUUAGCAGAAUGCAAUUUACUACAAAACAACUUAGUCCACUGGCGGCGGCGGUGACGUACACUGAUAAUCCUCAACGCAGCUUGGCUACCAUGCAAUUCGCUGGUUCCACCGACGCGGACACGGUGUCGCUGACAGAUCGGAGCGGCAAGAAUGAGAACUCCAAAGCAUAA